AUGGCUACGAUGCGAGGCACGCGUGUGCCCGUCGGCUCCGCGUCAUGGAUCUCUGAAGAACGAACGACCGCCCUCAGCAUCGUCCAGGCGGAAGCCGAGGAAUUUUCUUUUGCCGCGAGAAACGAGCUGGACUGGCUUAACGAACACAUGGCCGGGAUCUUCAACGAGAACGAAGUGCACGUACAUCCUUGUCACCAGCAGGCAUCAGUUACUAAGACUGUGAUCAGGAACGUGGCCGAGAUUUUUAAGACUCCAGGAAAGCUUCGUGGCAAGACGCCACGCACGGCGCGUAAAAUCGACAAUGGCGAGCCUCGAGUGCCACUAUCAGACGUCUUCUCCGCAACUCCUCAAGGCGCGCCGACCGCCUUCACACAACAGCUUGCUCGGAACUCAACACCGAAGCUCAACGUGGCGAAAUCAACAUCAUCACCCCUACUUAGCAGAACUGUCUCCCCGCAUAAAGCGGCCGCAUCCCCCAAACCCGCCGUCACAAAACAGCAUGUCGCCCUUGCUGAUUCUGGCUACUACGGCAGCCAGGACAUGGACAACAUUGACGACGAUGAAGACGACAUGGACGUCGAUCUUAUCGAAGACGAUACCCAAAUUGCCGAUGUUCGAUCCAGCCCUCCCAAGACCGCCGGAAAGAGCGGUCACGUCGCCUUCGAGACCAACGAUGAGGAGAACGCGCCACCGAGUCCGACCGUAACGAGGACAAUGCGCUCACCUGAAGUCACAUUCCAGACUGCAAAGGAGGAGCAGACGACCCGAGUGAUGAGGGAUAUCACAGUGGAAGCCUCAGAGGAAACUUCCGAGUCACCAGCUCCUGACAGUCCGGCCAAGGAAACCGAGGUCGCUACAUCUCCCAUCAGAUCCCCCAAGCCUCGAGCUGCGAAGAGCGUCUCACCAGUCAAGACAUCUCCAGUCAAGACCUCACCUGUCAAGCGCUCCCCAGCCAAGGAAGCCUCUCCUGCGCCAUCCCCGGAAGCAGCGCCAUCGCCCUCUCCUGCUCCUACACCAGCUGCCGAGACUCAGGAGGACGUGGACGUCCACCUGGACGAAGACAUCCGAUCACCGUCCGUUGAUUCGAGCCCGAUUCGCCCUGUUAGGAAGAGCAGUCUCAACUUCGCUUCGCUACCCGCCAGAGAGCCUUUGAAGAACAAGAGCCUCGGACCUCGAGUGUCAAGGACAAGCCAUCUGGAUAACCACCGCACAAGUUAUUAUGGUCGACACACUGGUGGAAAGAGCCUGGGCAACAACAUAGACGUUCCCAGUGCUUCAGAGGAUGAAGAAGACGAAGAUGCUGAUGAUAUGGACAUCGAUCCUGUGACGGAUGCGGCAAAGGAGGAAGACAGCUACGCGUCUACCCACAACAAGGCGUACACUCAGCGUUUGCAAGACCAAAUCAACAUGCUGGGUAAAUCUCAGCCCAAUGCCACCCGGCCUUCCAAAUCGAUCCCGAGCUCCGCAGUUGCCCAGCAGCUUGCUCAAGCAACUGCACAGGCAGCUCCAGAGACUAGACCAGCGUCACCAAAGAAGUCUUCAGCAGCACCACCAACACCUGGCGCGUUCCCAGAAGACGACGAGGAAGACGACGAUGACUGGAUUGCACCUCCUGUUCCUGCGAAGGACGCCCCAGCUUCCCCUCCCCGACCGCGUCUGCCUAAGAGUCACACCGCCGAUGUCAUGGAGGGCAUUGAUGGCGCAGACACUGUCAGCGGGUCGGAGUUUGCUUUCCCCAAGCAGAAAGAAACACUUGGCCGGCCUGGUUCUCCGAAACGGGCCCCUGUCGUGCCUGAUCGUACCACUAGCUCGCAUGGCCAUGGCAAGUCUGCUUCAGUUUCCGUCUUGCCCGAUCUUUCCAAGGACAAGAUGACCGAAGACUUGGUUCCUUCCCAGAAGCACAUUUCCGUCUCCAACCCUCUGUCUGUCGUGCCCGAGGAUGGACGGCCUGAGUCUCCCAAGUCGCCGACCAGAAGCUUCCGAGACAGCCCGCUGAAGCAAGUCAAGAACAAGCUGUCUUCCAUUCUGAAGACUUCGAAGGGUCUUCUUGCUAGCAGUGCGGCCAUCAGCGCCGAGGGCAAGUCCUCCAUGAUGUCACCCUCCACAGUACGACUCGGGUUUCAUUCCGAGUCGUCUACGGAAUCUAUCGUUCCUCAGUCCAUCUCAACGGAGCCGCUGUACCCCGACUUAUCAAAACAUAGGACAGUUGACUCUCAGGCGACAGCCACUACUGGAAGCCCCGAGCGCCCUGUGGCCCGGAGAACAAGGGCAUCUGUCGAAAAGGAGAAGGAGGACAAGCGCAAGGAGAAGGAAGCACGGCUGUUCGCUGACCAGAUGAGCAAGCUUGAUAAAGCCAGGGCUGAAGAGCGAGAGAAGGCCCGGGUCUUCAGUGAGGAGCAAGAGAAGAUUGCGGCGAUGGAGAAGAAGAUCGCCGCCCAGAAAGAAAAGGAGAAGGAGAAGGAGAGAGAGAAGGAGCGAGAGAAGGCCGUCCGGACGCCGGCACCUAAGGAAGCGCCAAAGCCUACGAGGACCAGCCCACGCAAGGCCAAGAACCAAGUCGAAAGCGAUGCCUCUGCUCCUGCUCCACAGCCAGAGAAGCCAGAUGUGGAGAUGGCCGAGGCGCCAGCCCCUGUGCCGCCCCCUUCAGCCUCUCGAUCCGCCGGCCCGGGCCAGGCGACGAGGAACAGAGAGCUCCGCCGCCCUACGAAGCCGACGAAGGAGACUGCCAGCAGGGCGAAGCAGCAACCGACCGUCAUUCGUGUUAACACUACUUCUCAGCACUCUCAGUAUCACCCAAGCAAUAGCCAGCUGUCUUCAAACUUGGAGGGAACCCUUGGUUCAUCUACCAAGCCCAAGUCACAACCCAGCUCGCAUAGCAAGCAGGCGUCGGUGAACAGCUUCAAGAGUUCCGCUGGGUCAACCGGGCGACCAAAGGCCCUUGAGCUUGCUGCCAAGCGCAAGGAGCAAGAAGAACGAGAUCUCCAGAAGAGAAAGGAUGCCAAGCUCGAGCUCGAACGCAAGCGCGCUGCCAUGCAAGAAGAGGAGCGCAAGCAGGAGAUGCAACGGCGACAGGAUGCCGAGAGGCAGAGAGAACAGACCGAGGCAAAGAAGAGGCAGGCUGCCAUUGAGCGUGCCAAGCAGACACGAGCUCCGCCUCCUGCCGUCCGAGCUCAGCCCAACGGUCCUGUUGAUUAUUCCGCAAGCCAGCGGAGCGAUGGACCUCCCACGCGUCCGCCCUCGCGUCUGCAAUCGACUAUUCCUCGAUCUCAGGAGGAUCGACCGGUCAAUACGAUUCUUUCCAACGCGUCCAAGGCCGGGUCCAAGCGACCACUCCCGCAAGACGAGGACAGCCGCAAGCCUGCCCGCAAUGGGCCUUCGUACCAGGCCAAGGAAGCCAAGCGGAGGCGUACUAGUGACGACUUCGCUGAUGAGCUUGACAUGGACAUCCAGCCCCCGAACAUCAAGGGACCUCCCGUUCGGCCCCCGUCAGUUGGCUUCAAGAAGGAGAUGCCCAAGCCAAUGUACUCUACUGGAUACAGCAACGGCCCACAGAGCGCAUCGAGAGAUCUGUUCAAGGGCGUUGUCACGGCCCAGCACAACAGCACGGUCAAGGCAACCAAGCAACUGGAUAUCAACCAGUUCGCCAAGGGAGAGAUUCCGUUCAAUCCCAACCCCAACCCUGCUGGCCCGGCGCACAAGACCCCGGCUCGGCCUAUGGCUGCCGCAAGCACCAAGACAGCAACGAUUAAGAAGUCUGCUACGCGGUCGUCGCCCCGAUUCCAAGACGGCGAAAAGAUUGAGUUGCCUGAAAUCGACACUGAUCCUGAGGAUGAAGAUGAGAACGACGACUUCGUGGCGCCUUGGGCUGAUUCACCCGAUCUGCGCCGAGCUCUCAUGCGACAAGAGACUUUGGAUCCUCAAGGCAUCUUUGGUCCUCCUCGAGCCUUGAACAUGGAAGAAGUAUUUAAUAACAGCAAGGAGAGAUGGCACAAGUUCCGCGCCCGCACAUCUAGUGCAAACUGGAGCGGAUCAGACCGCUUGACGGAGGAUGAGAUCAGGAAAGAUAUUGCGGCUCGCAAUAGGCUGCGCAAAGACGGCGGCUGGUCCUACGAGAUGAGCAAGGAUUUGAGCUAA